AGCACCAGUAGCAGCAGUUGUAGCAGCGCGACUUGACCAGCCCAGCCCUGCUACCGCCAACAGUGCCCGUUGUCCACUCACCAUCAUCAUUGUCACCAGCACUGUUGCUUCUCCGUUCGUCGUCGUUAAUCCAAACAAACAGACAACAAUGCGCAGUGUGGUGUUAGUGGUGGCCGCCGUGUUGGCGUGCUGCUGUUGUGGUGGCGGUGUUGGUGGCGGUGUUGGUGUUGGUGUUGUUGGAGCAAAACCAGGCGUGAUCACUGGCGCACAGCGCUUGGCGACAGACGCCAGCCUGCGACAAGCCACCCUCCAGGGCCGCGUCGGCAUCAUCUCAAACCCCACAGGCAUCCUCAAUAACUUGACGCAUAUCGUCGACUUUCUGCACACGGCACCCGAUGUGAAUCUGGUGUCCAUCUAUGGGCCCGAGCACGGCUUUCGUGGCGACCACCAGGCUGGACACGGCUCUGGCGACGUCUACACAGACAACCGCACUGGCCUCCCCGUCUACAGCCUCUACCGCAAAUAUGGACCAGAUUUGGCCAAGGUGCUGGAGGCCGAGAAGCUCGACACGCUGGUGUUCGACAUCCAGGACGUGGGCUGCCGCUUCUACACGUACAUCUGGACGCUGUGGGAUGUGAUGAGUGCGCUGCCCAACACCACCAUCCCGCACCUUGUUGUGCUGGACCGGCCAAACCCCAUUGGGGCGAACAUUGUGCAAGGGCCCGUGCUGGAGGAGGCAUUCUCCUCGUUCAUUGGCAGAUACGCCAUCCCACUCCGCCACGGCAUGACCGUCGCAGAGCUCGCGACGUUGUUCGUCAGCGCACAGCGAAACGCAUCAACAUCGUUUUCACCACCAUCAACAUCCCCUUCAUCGGCUUCAACUUCAUCACCAUCAUCACCAUCAUCAGCAUCAGCAUCGUGGGGCGCGUCGUUGUCUACUGGCACACACGCGUUCAAGCUGACCACGGUGACAAUGCUCAACUAUGAGCGCAGCAUGCUGUACUCUGACACGCACGUGCCGUGGGUGCCGCCUUCGCCCAACAUGCCCACGCUCAACACAGCGCUGGUGUACCCCGGGCUGGGCAUCAUUGAAGGGACGAACAUGUCUGAGGGGCGCGGCACGACGUCCCCGUUCAACCUGUUUGGGGCGGGCUUCUUCAACUACACCUUCAUCGACAGCCUGCACCAAGCAACCGCAGCCACAACCAUCACAAUGACCGCAGACCUGUCCCACCACAGCGCCACCACCACCACCACGAAGAACACCAUUAGCAACAGCACCACGAGCACCACCACGAGCACCAACACGAAGAACAGCGCAAAGCACAGCGGCAGUGAUGGCGAUGGUGAUCUCUUUGCCGGCGCUGCUGUUCGGGAGGCGUACUUUGUGCCCACCUUCUCCAAGUUUGCUGGCGAUGUGGUCACGGGUGCCGAGCUGUAUGUGCUUGACCCGAGCGUGUUCAAUCCAAUUGCCUGGGGCCUGGCGGUUGUGCAGGUUGGCCUGCGUGCCAGCCCAGCGUCCAUGCAGCUGUUUGACGCAGACUUUGACCUGCACUUGGGUAACAACUCGACCAGGCUCAUGCUCACGCGCGGGGAUUCGAUCCACGCCAUCGUUGCUGCGUGGCAGCCGCCCCUCCAACGCUUCAUGCACACCAGACAGCACUUUCUUCUCUACUGA